GAGAGCUCAUCGUAUUGACAGCCCUUGCUUGGAUCCAAGCACACCCAAAGCAAACUUUCUUGAGAUAUUUGGUGUUUAGAGAUCAUACAAUGGAGAGAGGGACGAGUUCACAGGCAUCAUCCGGAUCUUUGUACGAGGUUUUCUAAAUUUUCGAGGAGUAGACACCCGUCAUGGAUUUACUGAUUUUCUUUACCAUGGGAUGGUUGGUGCUGGAAUCCUUGUCUUUAGGGAUAGCGAAUCCCUACAUGUAGGUGAAGAAAUUAGUGCUGAACUUCUACAAGCAAUUGAGAACUCCAAGAUUUACAUUCCCAUAUUCUCCGCAAAUUAUGUUUCAAGUUGCUGGUGCCUCCGAGAGCUUACAUACAUGGUCAAGUGCACCUUGAAAUCGAAUGGGAACAAGGAGAUUCUACCUAUUUUCUUGGAUGUGGAACCUGUUGAUGUUAAGCUGAAAACAAACUUGUAUAAACAAACUCUUUCAAAGCUCCAACAGACAUUGUGCAGUGAAGUAGAGUCAUGGCAAAAGGCUCUCAUUGUAGUGGGCAAGAUAAAAGGAUGGAACUUGAAGAAAGAUGAAAGUAGCCACGGACAAUAACAUCUUGAGCAGCUUCACCAAGCCGCCGGCCAGCCACCGCUGCAACUCAUCCAUCAAUCAUCGCCAUUUCUUUGUCACCGGCCUGACAUUA